CGUUGUUGGUCCUCACGUUUCCAACAUGGCGGUGAAUCUCACAGACCUCUCCCUGCCUCAGUUGGAAGGAUUAAAAAGCCAACUUGACCAGGAAGUCGAGUUCUUGACGUCUUCGAUAAGUCAGCUGAAAGUUGCCCAGGGCAAGUUUGUUGAGGCUAAAGACAGUUUGAAUGUGCUCAACCAAAACAAUAAAGGAAAAGAAAUCCUUGUGCCCCUCACCAGUUCUAUGUACGUUCCUGGAACGUUAAAUGAUGUUAAUCAUGUCUUAGUGAAUGUGGGGACAGGUUAUUAUGUUGAAAAGAAUGUGGGGGAUUCAAAGGCUUUCUUCAAGCGCAAAAUAGACUUCCUUACCAAGCAGAUAGAGAAAAUUCAGCCAGCUCUUCAAGAAAAACAUGCUAUGAAACAAGCUGUGAUUGAAGUAAUGAGCCUGAAGAUUCAGCAGUUACAGCAGAGCCAACAAGCAUCACAGAUGGCUGGAACCACCAAGGCCUAAUGACAACCACUGUUUCAGUUCUCCUUCACUGGGCAUUUUUAAGUCUGUGCACAAAAAGGUCAUCAUCAGACAUGCGCAGACCUUGUUUUGUGCCUCCUGUUGUCAAAAUGAAGGAAUAAUGUGUAAAAUUUUAAAUUAAAUACAUUUGAAUUCCAGUUAAGUUUGCUCAUUAAAGAGUUCACAGUGGA